UUCACUGAUGGGCCAUACAUGCUCAUAAACAUAUUAAAAAUGUUUAUUUAUUUGGUAGCUGUGGUGGCUACGUUAUUUAUUAUUUUUGGACUCGUACACGCUAGGUGUUUAAAAAGUUGGAUAGGAUCGUCGGUCCCCUCCUCUUUCUGCGAUCAGCUGACUCGUAGACCCCAAACCGAGGCGUCGUUGGAUAACGAAGAUCUCGAAUCUACGUUCGCUACCGGAAGAUCUCUAGCGAUGACCGACGAGAUAAGAGAGUUUGAGGAUCUCGCGCCUCAAGGAUUUGUGUUCGGCACCAAAGAAAGAUCAUCGGACGUGUUUAUAGCAGAGACUGGAAGCAAAUCGAGAAAUUUGAAUCCCCCGCGGUAUUCCUUCGAGAAUUUACUUUCAGGCGAGAGGGAUAUAGAUCUUGGAUUGCCUGCCACGAGGAAUUUGCAACUUGGAACGACGAAGGACGACGAGGCUAUCAAAACCACGAAGCAGGAGGGGAAGGAAAACUUAUUUGAAUCGUUGAAGAACUCGUUAGAAAAGGGUGCUUUUCCGCCCUCUCGAUUGAACACCAGCCAGAUAUACAAUCUAAUCGUAAAGGAAACGCUCAAGGACAACGCGGCGAAACGGAAGCUCUUAGAGAUCGAGAGGAUCAAAUUUAACGAAUCGUUGCCGAUCAAAUUAGUGGAACAGCUUCCUUCUUCGUCCGAGAACGAACCCGAACAGGAUACUGACAUCAAUGGUGCAGAAAAAUCUGACGAUUAA